AUUAUCUUUAUUAUUUCAACCAAUCUUACAAUCAAUGUUAUUUUUUAAUUCAAAUGUAUCUUAUGUAACUGGUCGGAUUGUAAAUAAACCAUAUACAUUUAAUUAUCAAUUCAAUAAAUUCUUUUCUAGUAGUAUAAAGUCAAGUACUAUAUUCUAUCAACCUUUAAUAAUUCCAUUUAUUUCAAAAUUGGAUUAUAAUAGUGAAUUGAAACGAAGACAAAUAAGAAGUAUACCAAUUAGAUCAUUCAUUACGUCAAAUAAAUGUCCACAAAGUACUUCGAAACAAAAAAAUACAUUCCUAUGGAAAAUUUCCACUAAGCCAACUUCAUUCCUUUUUGGUACAUUACAUGUAGCUUAUACACAUGUUUGGUCACAAAUUGAUCCUGUAGUAAAAACAAGUUUUGCUCAAUCAGAUAUUGUCUAUUUUGAACUAGAUUUAACUAAUCCCGUUACAUUAGCUGAAUUGAGUGAUUGCCAAGUGUUACCUAAAAAUCAAACAAUCACAAAUCUACUUAAACCAGACUUAAUUAAACGUUUAGAUCGAUAUUUAAAUAACCUUCGUCAUAUGAUUAGUGUAUGGAUUGAACCUGAAAAGAAAGUUUUUGCAUCAUAUCUAUAUGAGACAUUGACAAAAGAUUGGAAAGAAAAAAGACCUAUAUGGCUUUUAUUAUUAUUAAAUAGUUUAACCAGGAGUGAAAUAUUCGAUCGAGGUGUACCCGUACUGGAUUUAUUUCUAGCACAAGAAGCCCAACGACUAGGUAAACAACAUGGUGCAGUGGAACAAGUAAAUGACCAAUGUGAACCAUUAAAUCGAAUAAAUGUUCAUCAGGUAACAUUUGCACUUGAAAUAACAUUGAAUAACUUAGAAAAUGCUAAUCACCCUAUGAAACAUUUGACUAACUAUUUUAACAACGUUAAUCAUAACGAUCGUGUGAGUAGUCAUAAUAGCAGUAGCAAUAAUAAAUACCCAUCAAACACGAAAGUUUUAUUCAAUACAUGGAAUGAACAAAUAAAUGAUACAUUAAUUACUAAUCAAAAACGUAGACCAAUUCAACAAACAGAUGUAUUCAGUAGUCCAACAGAACGAUUAAUUGAACAUUAUAAUUGCGGUGAUUUGAAUGAAACAUUAUCUAGAAUGUCUUUAACCCAAACUACACCAUCAGAUUCUGUGUUAUUGUCAACUUCGUCGUCAGAUUACACUACAACAAUGAAUGAAACAAAUACAAUUUCUCCUGUUACUAUGAUUCGUAAAAACGCCACAAUACAACAACAGAAAUUUCCCAAUAAGGUGAAUAACAUUUCGAAACCACAUAGUUUUCGUACCCAAUCAUCAACAUCAUCACAAUCAACAUCAAGUUACUUCAUUGACAAAGAAAUAGCAAACUUGUUAAGCCCAAGUCAAGUUCAAACGCUUAUUGAUUUGGAGAAGUAUUUAAAUGAAGAACUGAUAGUUAGACGUAAUGAGCGAAUGGCUCAUGAGAUAAUCAGUAAAUUAAAACUUGCUGAAUCAUUAAAUCAAUCGGCAUUUUUUGCAUUAGGCGCAGCACAUUUUAUAGGAAGUGGAGAGACAAUUAUUGAUCAUUUACGUAAAGCUGGUUACAUCAUUAUUCCAGUUCCACAACAGAAUACAAUGAGAAGUGAAGUGAGAAUAAGUGAAAUUUCAGAAAAACCAUUAAAAUUUGAAAAAUUCAACAAAAUGUCGAAGUAAGUGAAUAAGUUAUACAUUCAUAAAUAAACAUUUAUUAGCAGAAAAAGAAGUUAAUUUAAUCUGUGCAAUAUAACAGAAUAAUACAUUGAAUCUAUAUAGUCGUAUCUUUGAUUAACGAAGAAACAAAUAGAACUAAACGAUGGCAUAUUUCCUAUUAGAGAACAAGAUGUCCCCGAAUUCCGGCCGAAAUACGUGAAAUUUGAUAACUCAUGGAUUAAAAUCGAAGACUUUAAACCAAGAACUUUGGUUAACUACAAUUAUACAUCUACGUCUAAUAUGGUUGAACAAUCGUCCAAACUAUUUGCACUAGAAACAAAUGUGAAGUAUUCAACGAAUAAACACAAACGACUUCAACAGCUACAACAUACCAAUAAGCACGAAUCAAAGAAUCAAAAAGGUUUCCAAUUACUAGUUAGCGCUUCAAAUAGACUCCAUCAUACGUUAGCCAUUAGAACAAAGACAAACAUUAUCACGAACCAAUGUAUAUUAUUUUAUACAGCAUAUAUAUUAAAACUAUUCUAAAUAUAAGAUUUGAU